AUGACUAUAACUUUGAUCACAACUAUAACUACUCCCACAACUGCUUUCCCAACUCCCACAACUAUAACUAGCUCCACUACUCCCACACACUCUUAUAACUACUCCCAUCACCACAACUACUCCCAUCACCACAACUACUCCCAUCACCACAACUAUUCCCACAAAUACUCCCAUCACCACAACUACUCCCAUCACCACAAGCACUCCUAUAACUACUCCCAUCACCACAACUACUCCCAUCACCACUACUAUUCCCACAACUACUCCCAUCACCACAAGCACUCCUACAACUACUCCCAUCACCACAACUAUUCCCAUCACCACAAGCACUCCUACAACUACUCCCAUCACCACAACCAUUCCCAUCACCACAAGCACUCCUACAACUACUCCCAUCACCGCAACUACUCCCAUCACCACAAGCACUCCUACAACUACUCCCAUCACCACAAGCACUCCUACUACUACUCCCAUCACCACAACUAUUCCCACAACUACUCCCAUCAUCACAACCACUCCUACAACUACCUCCAUCACCACAACCACUCCUACAACUACUCCCAUCACCACAACCACUCCUACAACUACUCCCAUCACCACAACCACUCCUACAACUACUCCCAUCACCACAACUAUUACCACAACUACUCCCAUCACCACAAGCACUCCUACAACUACUCCCAUCACCACAACUAUUCCCACAACUCCUGCCAUCACCACUACUCCCAUCACCACAACUAUUCCCACAACUACUCUCAUCACCACAACCACUCCUACAACUACUCCCAUCACCACAACUAUUCCCACAACUACUAUCAUCACCACAAGCACUCCUACAACUACUCCCAUCACCACAACUAUUCCCACAACUACUCCCAUUACCACAACUAUUCCCACAACUACUCCCAUCAUCACAACCACUCCUACAACUACUCCCAUCACCACAACUAUUCCCACAACUACUCCCAUCAUCACAACCACUCCUACAACUACUCCCAUUACCACAACUAUUCCCACAACUACUCCCAUCACCACAACCACUCCUACAACUACUCCCAUCACCACAACCACUCCUACAACUACUCCCAUCACCACAACCACUCCUACAACUACUCCCAUCACCACAACUAUUCCCACAACUACUCCCAUCAUCACAACCACUCCUACAACUACUCCCAUCACCACAACCACUCCUACAACUACUCCCAUUACCACAACUAUUCCCACAACUACUCCCAUCAUCACAACCACUCCUACAACUACUCCCAUCACCACAACUAUUCCUACAACUACUCCCAUCACCACAACUACCCCUCCAACUAAUAUCACCAGCACAAUUGUUUCAACUCCAGGACAAACAACUCAAGGGUCGUUCUCACGGGCAUUCGUACAGGUCAAGCUGCAAUCCCGUGUUGAGGUCAGCAGCGCAACUAUCAGUGAAGUUAUACAACAG